UUUUAUUCUUAUGUAUGUAUAUUUGUAAAUAAUGUAGUUAUGACAGAAAAUAACUCUCAGUUGUAUUUGAAGUUCCUUUUAUCGGGAGGCACACCUUCGGCGGCAAAGACACUUUUAGACCAAAUAAGUGUGGAAGAAAUGGUUUUCCAACUAGUUUCAUGUCCGCCAGAGUCUUUCAUUCCAUACACCUCAGAUCCAGAAGAAGAUUCCACAACCACCGAGGCUCUGGAUGAAAAAUACUUGGGAAACUUGAUUAUAAGAACACUAGAUCUACUCCUGGAUAAAAGAAUGUAUGAAACUAUAUUUAAUAAUCAACAGAUAAUGGAUGUUUUAAGUCAAGGAAUAUCAGAAUAUAACUAUUAUGCUAAAAGACUAAUUUCAAAACAUAUUAGGAAAUAUUUAGAAAAUGGAGGAAAAAACAAUAAUGUUUACGAGGUGGCUUGGAAUUUAUUGCUUGACAGGGAAUACAGCGUAUUUGAGGAUUCUUCAAACGCUAUUUGUUCUAUUGUUUCUAGGCCUGGAGAAGAGGCUUUUUUGAACCAGGAGAGACUGGCUUUAUUAUUGAAGUGUGUAUCAGGAGAAAUGGAGGUUAAGGACAUUGACAAGGUUACAUUGGAACUCAGGGUAUUAGAAUUUUGUACAAUGUUAGGAAAGGCAAGUCAGUUCUGUUUCAACCUCUUACGUGAUAAUCAAGUUUACGAUCAUAUAUUUAAGCUUUAUAUGAACGAGGAUGUACUAGUUAAGCUAAACUGUUUGGAAAUAUUAGAAUCUAUGGUUCCGCUAAUUAAAAAGCUUAAUUUUGAAUCAAAAUCGGCAAGGGAUUUUAUGAAAGAUGCUGUAGAGGUUUUCAGUAAGAAGGAUUUAGAUGUUGAGUCCGAUUUAGUGGCAGGUCCUUUGCUAAGAUUUUUCAGUGCCAUAGUUUUGAUGGAUAAUGUUCUAAAAGAAGAUGAAGUUGUUUUAUUUUCUCAGUGUGUAGCUGAUAACAUUUUGAACUGCACAAAAAAAACAAUUCAAUAUUACUCAUCUCUUGCUUGUUUUGGGUCACUGUUUAUUAGAGGAUAUUUAAGUGAAGAAGUGUCGUAUAAAUUUCUACAAAUAAUCAAUAAUUGCACUAAUGAAGAUGUUCUGUAUGCCUGCCUAGAGUCUUUGCAGUUUGUUAGCCAGGCUGGCGACUCAUCUAAAUCGAAAUUUAUAUCAGAGGCCUCAGCUUGUAUAGCAUCAGCUACUUCUAGGUUUCCUUUCAGCGAAGUUAGGGAAGCUUGUUUUUCGUAUUUGAUGAAUUCUCUAGAUUACAACGGUGUUACAGAACUUCUAAUUAAGUUAGAAAAUGAAUCUCGUUUACUAAGCGCCCAGGAGAAUAAUUAUGAAACAACUUUAACUAAGAGAAAACUCAUCAAAAAGUUUCUAUAUAGUGUAGAACAGUUGUAUAAGCCUGAAUCCUGCCCUCUCUCGGAUUCUACAGUUAAAUUGUUAAAAUCUGUUUAAUUUAUGGAUUAGAAUGACUAAUACAUGAAUGAUAUUCCUUAUUAACCAUCAUACACUUUGUAAAUUGGAUGUAUAAUAUAUCAAUAGUACUU